UUGUGAAUGGCUGGUAACCAAAGGCCGUCAUUUGACGUUCUACUCUGAAGGCGCGCGCGAAACUCAUAUCAGGAUGUCAGCGCUGUUACAACAGCCAGGAUAUGAGGAGGAGAGGCUGCAGACGGUGGCAGAACAGCUGCCCUGCAGAGAGGUCCAGGCGGGGAUGCUGCUGUCGCUCAUGGGGCAGCCACACCAGUACAGCUACCCCUCGAUCUUCAUCUAUGGUCAUCGGUCUUCAGGGAAGAGUCAUGUGAUGCAUGUUUUGCUGAAGGAACUUGAGCUGCCUCACGCCACAGUCAGCUGUGUCGAAUGUGUUUCUGUUGCGUUGCUGUUUGAACAAGUGCUGCUGUCCUUCUUCGGCUGCGACGCUGCCUCGCUGCUCCCCCGCAGUCCCUCCCUGUCUGACUUUGUACGCAUCUACAGACAGCGGUGCUCCCAGUCUCCUGCCAAGCAGACGCGAUACAUUGUUAUGGAAAAAGCAGAGCUUCUGAGAGACACUGAUGCCAAUCUCCUCCCUGCUCUCCUGCGUCUUCAGGAAUUGGUCGAGGACAACGUUACCAUCAUCCUGCUCACUGAUAUCGUCUGGGACAAGUUCAGACCCAACACCGGCUGUUUCGAGCCCCUUCUGCUCCAUUUCCCCGACUACAGUAAAGGUGAACUGCAGCAGAUCUUGUCCCAGGACAGACAUCCUUCUUAUUCGGCUGAGUUGUACUCGGCCUACAUCAACAUCCUGCUGGGAGUCUUUUACUCGGUCUGUCGGGACCUCAGAGAGCUGCGCCACCUGGCUGCUCUCAACUUUUCAAAGUUCUGCGAGCCGUUAACAGAAGGAAAAGUGAAAGAGACCGACACACACAAGCUGUGGAGAAACAUUGAGCCUCAUUUGAAAAAAGCCAUGCAGACUGUUUACCUGCGGGAAGUGUCGAGUCUUCAGUGGGAGCAGAUGCAGCAAAUGGAGAAGAAGGAGAAUGGAGCCUUGAGAGGUUUAUCUGCGCACACUCACGUUGAGCUGCCUUAUUACUCCAAGUUCCUGUUGAUUGCCGCCUACCUGGCGUCCUUCAACCCGGCGCGCACAGACAAACGCUUCUUUGUAAAGCACCACGGUAAAAUAAGAAAAACAAACUUCUUGAAGAAAAAUGAAAAGACGAGUAACCACCUUCUGGGGCCGAAGCCGUUCCCUCUGGACCGCCUGCUCGCCAUUUUCUACAGUGUGGUGGACAGCAGAGUCGCCCCCACUGCCAGCAUCUUCUCCCAGAUCUCCUCUCUGGUGACCUUACAGCUGUUGACGCAGGUCAGUCAUGGCGACCAGCUCGAUGCCCCAAAGUACAAAUGUGCCGUUUCUAUGGACUUCAUCUGUGCCAUCUCCAGGACGGUGAAUUUUGAGAUUGUCAAGUAUCUUUAUGACUUCCUGUGAGCCUGACGACACGCGGCGGCGGCCGUAAGACAAAAGGGGGAUUUACACAUUUAAAGAUAAGCAAAAUGAGGAGCUCAGACUAUUGUUGGGAAUUUUGUGGAUCAAAAUUAAUCCAAUUAUGUCGCUGCCCUCUUGUGGUGGCUGAACGAGCUUGUCCUCGUCGUCUCCUGUGACUGUCCAUGUAAAAUAUUUGUAUAAAAUAAAAGCCAUGUUGGCA